AUGUUUACCCCUGAGACUCCUCAACAUACUGGGGCAGAUGAGGAAUUGAAUAUCGACGAUAUUAACGAACUAGACGACACUGAUGUCCAAGGCCUGAACUUGGACAGCGGAAGCGAAUCAACGAGUAUAUCCACCGACAAACAGCAAGGUCAUCAAAAACAAGAUAGGGGGUUGAAACGCAGCAAUUCACCAGAACUCAAUACUGUACAAGAUGAGGGGUUCGACCAAAAGGCUGACUUUUUGCCGCGUGUAAACAUGGGAUCGCCGUUUUCGUCCGGGGUUGACAUAACAAAGGCUAAAUCUUCUACCCAAAGCCAUGACAAUCCAGUGGCCAAUCAGCGUAGGCUUUCAAUGGCGCAACAAUCCAGAUUUAUUUCGUAUUGCGAUGAUAAGCUGAUGAAUAUUCAGAGGAAAUUUGUUCAAUCAAGAGGACUGGCGGAAGAAAAUGGGUAUACAGGACUAGCACCUUUGUUGGAGGACUUGAAAACGGUACUGGACUUUUUGUGGUAUUCGAUCGAGGGUGUAGCAGCUACAGAAAGUCUUUUAGCAGUCGAUUUAGACUCGCUAACGCACGAACAAUACUCAAGUACAGAAUCAACUGACUUUGGGCAAAUGCACUAUCUCUUGCGAGUGGCAGACGAUUUUUUAGAUUACUUAACCAGAUUCAAUCUCAAUUCGCUCAGUCAAGAGGAGCAGCAUAAAGUUUUAUCCAAGGCAUUCAAAUUCUUGAUGAUUUUGGACAAGAUAUUUGCUCGUUCACUUGAGGGAUUAGUGCCAGGUAAUACUAAGAUGACAGGCACCGAAGUGGUCAGAAUCGCUGGAAUUGCCGAGAGGACUCGGAUGGUCGUGCCGCGUUUCCUGGAGGAACAGAGAGUUCAUGGCUAUCACUUCGAGGUAAGCAAAAUUUACGAAGAAACGCUGGAGAGAUGUGCCUGA